AGAACCAAAGCCAGCAAAAUUUCUGCUUUUCCACACAUCCCCUUCUUUAGACACACUACUCUCUUCCACCACUCUCUUUCAUUAGUCUGAAGAACUCAUACUGUGCAGGAAUCCUCUCUUCCAUUUCAGCAACUCUCGUUUCGUCUACGUUCUGCAGCAGCAUACAUAUCUUAGCACUCAUCUCUUCUAUAUCUCUCUCACUUGGACUGCAUCUACCAGCUUUUUCAGAAUUCCUAAGAAAUUAGAUGUGAAUCCAAAGAUCCUUGUUUCACAUAAUGGAAGUAGUUACGAUUGUUGGAACCACUGUUCUAUCUGUUUCUUUGGAGUGGGUAAUCAAGAAAUUGGGAUCUAAGUCCAGUGCAUUGCGGAAUCCACGGAAGCAUGUUCGUGAAAACUUGCAAAAUUGGAAGAGUUUUUUGCCAAAAUUACGCGCUGUUCUUGAUGAUGCCGAGCAGAGGCAGACAGCCAAUCCUGCCGUGGAGAUGUGGCUUUCCGACCUUAGACAUCUAGCUUAUGAUAUGGAGGAUGUCCUGGAUGGACUGGAGGCUGAUGAACGAAGGAAGAAAUUGACUGCAAACACUAAUCAAGUUCAACCCAGCACUAGUAAGGCGCGAAAGCUGAUCCCUAUCUGCUUCACUAGUUUCUAUCAUGAUGAUUUCAUCCCUGAUUGUGAGGUUGUUUCAAAGAUAAAGGAGAUUUCUGUCAGAUUAGAACGUGUUGUGAAAGAGAAGGAAGCGCUAGGUUUGAGAGUUGGUGAGGCAGGACCUAGCAUAGCGGCUCCACGAUGGGAGCCGGCCACCACUUGGUUGCCCGAACCUCAUGUCUACGGUCGGGAAGGUGAUAAAGAUGCAAUCCUUCAAAAAAUGUUGAAUGAGGAAGGCAGUGAUGAAAACCCUUGUGUGAUUCCCAUUGUUGGCAUGGGAGGAUUGGGAAAGACCACACUUGCUCGACUAGUUUACAAUGAUGAUGGACUAAAGGGUGUGUUCGAGCUAAAAGCUUGGGUUUGUGUGUCUGGUGAAUUUGAUGUUCUUCAAAUAACAAGAUCUAUUCUUGAGCAAGCAACUCAAAGAAAGUGUGACUCUAAAGAUCCAUCGGUACUUCAAGAGAAGCUGAACAAUACCUUAUCUGGAAAGAAGUUUCUACUUGUCUUGGAUGAUGUUUGGAGUGAGGACUAUUGUUGUUGGGAUGUGUUGCAAAGAGUUUUUAUAUCAGGAGCAAAAGGGAGUAAAAUAAUUGUGACAUCACGCAUUGAGGGAGUUGCAAAAACUAUGGGAGCAGGUGAUAAAAUUUAUCAUCUUAAAGAGCUUCCAAAGAACGAAUGUAUGUCAUUAUUAGCUAGACACGCAUUUGGGAGGGAGAACUUUGAUGUGCACUUGUAUCUCAAAGAUAUUGGUGAAGAAAUUGUGAAGAGGUGCAGUGGGUUGCCAUUAGCUGUAAAAACCCUUGGAGGACUCCUUCGUGGUGAGCUAAAUCCUGACAAGUGGGUCAAGGUAUUGAACAGUGAGAUGUGGGAAUUACCAAAAGAGAGGUGCUACAUUCUUCCAGCUUUGAGAUUGAGCUAUCAUCAUCUUCCUGCUCAUCUAAAAAAGUGCUUUGCCUAUUGUUCUUUGUUUCCAAAAGAUCAUGAAUUUUGCAAGGAUGAUUUGGUAUUAUUAUGGAUGGCCGAGGGAUUUGUACAGCAACAGAAGAAUGGAGUUGGGCAAAUGAAAAGCAUGGGGGAUCAAUACUUUUGUGAUUUACUAUCAAGAGGCCUUUUCCAACAAUCAAGCACUAAACAAUCUUGCUUUGUGAUGCAUGACCUUGUUCAUGAUUUAGCUCAAUAUGUUGCAGGAGAAACAUGCUACAAUCUUGAAAAAAUGUUCCACAGUGAGAAAAUGGUAAUUCAUUUAGAAAAGGUACGCCAUUUGUCAAUCUCUGCUCUCGGAGUUGAAGCUUUAAGAAGAUUGAGAUUUCUAGAUAAAUGUAAUAACUUGCGGACAUUCUUAGCAUUGCCUUCUUGUGACCACUAUAAUGAAGGACAUAAUAUGUUCUUUCAGGAGUUGCUACAAAAAUUAAGAUGCUCAAGGGUCUUAUCUUUUAAUGAUAAGAUUGUAUCAGAGAUUCCCACUUCGAUUGGAAAUUUGAAGCAUUUGCGCUACAUAGAUUUUUCUUGUAGCCAAAUACAAAGUUUACCAGAUUCUAUGAGAUUUCUUGUGUACUUGCAGACAUUGAUACUACACGAUUGCAGUAGAAUCACUGAGUUGCCUGCAUCAGUUGUGGAUUUGGUUGACUUGCAUCACCUUGAUAUUAGGGGUACAAAUUCCUUACAAAAGAUGCCAUCCCAAAUGGGCAAGCUGACGAAUCUUCUGAUGUUGCCUAAGUUUAUUGUGGGGAAAUCUUCUGGGCUGAGAUUAAAAGAGUUGAACAACUUAAAGUAUCUACAAGGCAAGCUACUUAUCCAAGAUCUCCAUAAUGUCUCUAAUAUUGAAGAUGCCAAUGAGGCCAAUCUGUGUAAGAUCGAGGGCCUUGAUGAGCUAGAGUUGGGAUGGACUCAUGAUUUCCAUACUUCACGAAAUGAAAGUUAUGAAAUGCAGGUACUCAGUCAAUUAAAGCCUUAUUCCAAUCUAAGGGCAUUCAAAAUUGAUUCAUAUGGUGGCUUGCAAUUCCCAUCUUGGAUAGGUGAUCCAUUAUUUUCUAAAUUAGAGUACUUGGAACUCUGUAAUUGUGAGAGAAGCACUUCAUUGCCAGGGCUGGGCCAAUUACCAUGGCUCAAAGAAUUGGUCAUAAGAGGCAUGCUUGCAGCAAAAACCAUAAACCCUGAGUUUCAUGGUCAUAACAAUUCUUCUCUUGACAAUUUUCCAUUGCUGUAUAGGUUGACUUUGUUGGAUUGCCCCAAAUUGAUUGGAAAAUUACCUGGCUACAUUCCUUCCCUCAAAAGGCUUGAGAUCACAGGAUGCCCUCAAUUAACUUAUUCUCCAAUGAGUCUUCCGUCACUUCAGGAAUUGUAUCUGGAUGACUGUAAUGAGGCAGUUCUCAGAAGUGUGGUUGAUUCCACUUCACUUACAAAGUUGCAAAUUCAGCACAUUUCAGAGCUUACUUGCUUACCUAAAACAUUAUAUAUGAUGGCACUUGAAGCUUUGCAAGUUGAAGAAUGUGGUGAACUUAUUUUCUUGUUGGAGGAUGGAGACAGUAUAUCAAGCCUUGCUGCCAAUCUUAAGAGUAUUACAAUUAGCAGGUGUCCUUUCCUAGUAUCAUUAGCAGGGCAAGAACAGAAGCACCUACUUGGUAGUCUUGAAAAGUUAAGGAUCGCUAAUUGUGCCAACCUUGAACACCUACCAACUGGACUACAUAAUCUCACCUGUUUAAAGCAACUAAGCAUCGGAAGAUGCAAAAAGUUUGUAGGCUUUUUGGUGACUGACUUUCCAUUAUAUCUUCAUAGACUUAACUUAUCUGAUUUGGAGGCAUUGGAGUCAUUGCCUGAUGAGUUGAUGAUGACAACAAAAGAAAUAAUUAUUCGUAAUUGUCCACGCCUUAAUUCUUUUCCAGUAGGCAAGUUACUCGCCACGCUUCAAAAUUCAACAAUUGAUAGAGGCAUUGAAGUAGUGAAUCCCCUAAGAAAUCUCAGUUUCCCUAUUGAUUACAUGCACAAGCUUAGUUGUCUCUGCUACUUUGAAAUAGUUAAUUGUGAAAGUUUAGAGUCUUUACCGGAAAGGGUGUUGUCCAUUCCCACUCUUCAAACUUUGUGGAUAAUGAGUUGUAAGAGUCUAAAGUCUCUACCCAAUGGGAUGUACAAUUGUGAGUCUCUCCAAAAUUUGGAGAUAAGUGGUUGUCCAAGUAUAGCAUCCAUUGCAAGAGGAAGCUUGCCCCCGAAUCUAAAAGAUCUUGUGAUCGAUUGCGAGGGUCUGAACGAGUCCAUGUUAGAAUGUUGGGGCAUUGAUAGGCUUACAUGUCUCAAGUACUUCGAGAUUAAUUGGAUAUGUCCUUCGGAUGAUUUGCUUCCCACUUCCCUAACAACUCUUGUAAUUAAAGGGGUGUAUAAUCUGGAAUCCAUAUCCAGAGGGCUCCUCCAAAACCUUGCUUCUCUUAAAAAGUUGGAAAUUUUAGAUUGCCCCAUUCUCAAGACCUUGCCAGAGGAAGGCCUGCCUCCCUCACUGGAAAAGUUUCAAAUCAAAGGCUGUCCACUUCUAAAACAACGGUGCUUAAAGGAGAAAGGAGACUAUUGGCCCCUCAUAUCCCAUAUUCAAGAAAUAAAUAUAUGGUAGAUUGGACUCAGGUACAAGAAUAUCCUGCCACAUACUCAGCAUGUUCUUCAUCAUAAUUUGAACUCAGAGAUUUGUUACUACUAUUACUUGUUUUAGCAAAUUAGUAAAUAUCCUUGUUAAUUUGAGAUAAAGGGAUAGGCUUUGUUCCUUGUUUUUCAUCCUGGAAUAGCCUUAACUUUAUUCUAAUCAAUUCUUUCAUCUAUU